CACCUGUGGGAGAGCGUCAGUGCCAAGUGAUCCAGUGAAAACAUCUAAUCACCAAAUAGAUUUUUAAGUGCAUCCCACACAACCACCAUGUCAGACGAGAAAAAGGAUACCAAAGAUUCGGGAACCGAACACAUCAACCUGAAGGUUCUGGGCCAGGACAACGCCGUGGUGCAGUUCAAAAUUAAGAAACAAACCCCGCUACGAAAACUGAUGAAUGCCUAUUGCGACCGUGCCGGCCUGUCGAUGCAGGUGGUCCGCUUCCGGUUCGAUGGGCAGCCAAUCAACGAGGGCGAUACCCCGACGACACUGGAGAUGGAGGAAGGCGACACCAUCGAGGUGUAUCAGCAACAAACUGGAGGAUAUUUUUAUGUCUAAAUUACGUCCAAGUGCGUGUAUUUGAUGGUAAAAUAAAUGGCAUUCUAAACUAG